UAAAGAUUGAAGCAGAAUGGAGGAUGAGAUCGAUGACGGCCCGUUCAAGGCCACGGUGGAAGAGCUGAGGGAAUUAAUGGAGUACAGACGAGGCGAGGCAAUUUCAGAGAUCAAAAAUAGAUACGGGGACGUGCAAGAAUUAUGCUCAAGAUUAAAAACAUCACCCACACAAGGAUUAAGGGGGCUGCCAACUGAUUUGAGUCGCAGAGUGGCAACGUAUGGCAAGAAUUUAAUUCCUCCGAAACCGCCAAAAACAUUUUUGCGGCUCAUGUGGGAAGCCGUUCAAGAUGUAACACUGAUCAUGUUGAUAAUAGCUGCCCUUGUCUCAUUAGGCCUUUCAUUUAUUCCAAAAAGUGGUGAAGAUAGUAGUGGUAGUAGUACAGAGGAGAAGGCAGAAUGGUUUGAAGGUGUCGCGAUUCUUGUUGCAAUUCUUAUCGUCGUCUUAGUUACAGCUUUUAACGACUACUCCAAAGAACGCCAAUUUCGCGGCCUCAAAGAUAAACUUGAUCAAGAACAUAAGAUGUCGGUUAUACGAGCCGGUGACAUCAAGCAAAUCAUUGUAGCGGAAAUAGUAGUUGGAGAUAUCGCCAUUUGUAAAUACGGUGAUCUGUUACCAGCAGAUGGUGUGAUUAUUCAAAGUAAUGACUUGAAGAUAGAUGAGAGUUCUCUGACAGGAGAAUCAGACAGCAUCAAGAAAGGGGUGGGCAAUGACCCCAUGCUUUUAUCAGGUACCCAUGUAAUGGAAGGCAGUGGAAAGUUUGUAGUGACUGCAGUCGGACUUCAUUCGCAAACUGGUCAGAUCUUCUCCCUUCUCUUAGGAGACGGAAAGAAGAAAGGUCCCACAAAGGUGAAGGUUGAAGAAGCAGCCGAAGAGACACCUGUCGGAACCUAUAGUAAAGGCUGUUCAGUUGCUGUGUUGACGAUUCUGAUCCUCAUCGUGCGGUUGUGUAUCGUAGAAUUUGGUAUAGAAAAGAACAAGUGGUCAAAUGACUACUGGGCGGAGUUUGUCGACAGUUUUAUACUUGGCGUGACUGUCUUAGUUGUGGCCGUCCCAGAGGGACUCCCGCUUGCUGUCACCAUUUCAUUAGCAUAUUCUGUUAAGAAAAUGAUGUAUGAUAACAACUUGGUAAGACAUCUGGAUGCUUGCGAGACGAUGGGAAAUGCUACAGCCAUCUGUUCGGACAAGACCGGCACGCUGACCACCAACAGAAUGACAGUGGUCCAGAGUUAUAUAUGUGGCACUCAUCAUAAGUCUACUCCAGCCAGUGGAAGUAUACCAGAAAAUGUGUACCAAACUUUGAUUCAAUCAAUCUCCAUCAAUAGUGGAUAUACUUCCAGGAUAUUGCCAGCUGAGGUCGAGGGGCAACUUCCACGCCAAGUAGGUAACAAGACAGAAUGCGCCCUUUUAGGUUUCGUCUUAGAAAUGGAUGAUGACUAUCAGAUGGUUCGUGAUCGUUGGCCACCUGAGCGGUUUAUUCAUGUAUACACAUUCAACUCCUCGAGAAAGUCCAUGAGCACGGUAAUCCCAUUAGAAGACGGUGGAUAUCGUCUCUUGACUAAGGGUGCUUCGGAGGUCAUCAUGAGGAAAUGUGUUCAAAUCCUGGAUGAUGAAGGAAAUCCUCAACCAUUCUCCCCUGACCAAAAGAACAAGAUCCAGAAUGAUGUAAUCGAACCUAUGGCUUCAGAUGGUUUGAGAACGCUUAGUCUGGCCUACCGUGAUUUUGGUCCAAAGGAGAACCCAGACUGGGAGGAUGAGGCAAGCAUUGUGCAGGCUUUGACUUUCCUAGCCAUAACUGGAAUUGAGGAUCCUGUCAGACCGGAGGUACCACAUGCCAUAUUGCAGUGUCAGCAGGCUGGUAUCACUGUUCGCAUGGUAACAGGUGAUAACAUCAACACAGCUCGUUCCAUCGCUACCAAAUGCGGCAUUCUCAAACCAGGCGAUGAGUUCUUGGUCUUGGAUGGCAAAGAGUUCAACAAGAAAAUCAGAGAUAGAAGUGGCAAAGUUCAACAACAGCUGCUUGAUAAGAUCUGGCCUAAGCUGAGGGUACUAGCCCGCUCCUCCCCUACUGAUAAACACACCCUGGUGAAGGGGAUCAUAGACAGCAAAUUGAAUCCAAACAGAGAGGUGGUGGCCGUCACUGGAGAUGGAACAAACGAUGCCCCUGCUUUGAAAAAGGCAGAUGUUGGAUUUGCUAUGGGUAUUGCUGGUACAGACGUUGCCAAGGAAGCCUCCGACAUUAUUCUAACGGACGAUAAUUUCACAAGUAUCGUAAAGGCGGUGAUGUGGGGAAGGAACGUGUAUGACAGUAUUGCCAAGUUCCUUCAGUUUCAGCUGACGGUCAAUUUAACAGCCAUUACCGUCACAGUCGUCAGUGCUAUGUCCAUUGGUGACAGUCCUCUAAAAGCUAUUCAGAUGCUGUGGGUUAAUCUAAUUAUGGACUCAUUGGCGUCAUUAGCCUUAGCCACGGAACCACCGACACCUGCACUGCUUACUAGGAAGCCAUAUGGCCGAACCAAGCCUCUCAUAUCACGCACAAUGAUGAAAAACAUUCUAGGCCAUUUUGUAUACCAGUUCAUUGUCAUUAUAACUCUUCUGUUUGCAGGUGAAAAACUAUUUGACAUUGACAAUGGUCGAGACCCACAUAACCAUGGUCAACCCACACAGCAUUUUACGAUUAUUUUUAACACUUUCGUUCUUAUGCAAAUUUUCAAUGAAAUUAACUCAAGAAAAGUUCAUGGUGAACGUAAUGUUAUCUCUGGAAUUUUAGAUAACUAUAUCUUCAUUGGAGUUAUUGCAUCAACAGUAGUUGCUCAGAUCCUACUUGUUUGUUUUGGAGACAUAAUUUUCAGCUGUAAGGCCUUGGAUAUUGUUCAGUGGCUGUGGUGUAUCGCAUUAGGUCUUGGCACGCUGCUCUGGCAACAACUUAUCUGUUCCAUACCUACUAAAAAGCUGCCUAGGUUGCUGGCUAUUGGCCGAUCGGCCGACACCGGUAUCCGUAUUACAACAACAGAAGUAGGUGACCAAGUAGAUGUCAGCCGGUCAGAGUCGCGUGCCGAAUUGAGACGUGGUCAGAUUCUCUGGAUGAGAGGAAUCACACGAUUGCAGCAGCAGAUAAGGGUAGUUCAUGCAUUCCAAGAUGGCCUUAGGACAAUAGAACGCAAAAGUCUUAAUAACUCAAUCCACGAAUUCAUGUCGAAUCAGAACAAGUACGAGAGUGGAAGUAUUAAGCACGAUGCUGAUAAUGCCCCGAACGCCACCGUGAAUAGUGCUGAAACUGCUCUUUAAGAUCGCUGCUGUGGAUGAGAUUGAGUCGCAAUGAAAGAUACUGGACAAAAAACAUAAAAAAAGUGUGUUAUUACGCAACAAGGGCAGCAUUAAGGGAGUUCACUAACAAUUGUUGAAAAAUGUGAAUCAAUAAAGUGCCCCUUUGCUCUAAAUUUCCUCAAAAGAUGAAUGGUGCAUUAUGUUGAAUGAUAUGUCAGUCAUGAAGGGCGUAUCUUAUUCCAGCGUUGCUAUCGCGUAGUUCAUCGUUCUUUAAAGGUUUUUAUUUUUAAAGACUGUUUACAUUUUGAGGAUGACUUGAAGAAAUCUGGCGUCUCAAACACAAGUUGAGGAAUGAGUUAUUGUCGACCUACGUGUGUUUUAAGUUAAACCUAUUCUGUUUUCCAUUUGAAAUUGAGUGAUAUGUUUAUCGUGUGUGUUAUUGAUUUCACAUGAAACUUGCAUGUAUGAAAUGAGGUACUUUACGUGAAAACUCCACGUUUAUACUUAUUGUGUCGUUCUUUCAGCGGAAACGGGAACUUGGUUAGAUUGAGCUAAACAAGCGUAAUCACUCCGAUUCUAAUAUGUUUGUGCGUGAGUGUGUUUCAUUUGUUUCCUCCAGUUUGUCCAGAAAUUGAAUGGUAAAUAAUAUAAAUUAUGUUGUUUUUUUUCAAGUUUUUUGUUAGAAUCAUUUAUAGCAAUAAUUGUAUGUUUUAUUAAUGGUGUUCGCAUUUUGAAGUUUUUUUUUUAUUUGAAUGGAUUAUGUAACUUUUAUGAUGUGUACUUUUGAAUGAGAUUUGACCAGUAGCAGUCUACAGAAGACUGUAUAACCUAUGUUUUAUAAUAGCAAUUAUAUUGAAAUUACAGAUUAAUUAGAAUAUCGAAGCUAUUUUUAUGAUUGGAUUUAAACUCAUUUAGUGUUGGGUUUUUCAUAUUAAUCAUUAAUAUCAUUUAAAGGAUUAUUGUGCCAUUAUCUUGUAAAACCAGUAAACUCAACAUUAUUAAGGUAUUCCAAGGUAGUAGAGAAGUGAUAAUGUGCAUAGACAUAUUUUCAUAAAUUUAUUAAUUACUGUAUUUGUAGAAUUUCUAAUAUGAAUGAUAUGUGGUGUCUUCAGUUAACCUUGAUAAAGCCCUGUUCAGACUAUGUGAUGUGCCUGAAUACGGUCAUGAUGACAUUACAUCAUGACAAUAUAUAGGCACAUCUUGACUAUAUAUGGGCAUACAAAGUUUUUUUUCAAAGAAAAGUUGAUAAUCUGAACAGAGCUGAAAUAUUAAAAUAAAAAUAAAAAUAUUAAUAGUAAAAUAUUAUAAUCUCCUGUGGGCAUAAUCAGUUUAUACAUUAUUAAUACAUACAUCUUAGCUAUAUCAUUAUUAUUAUUAUUAUUAUAGCUAUGAAUGAAUAUUGUAAUGUGAAAAUUCCAAUUGAAUUUCUUUUCAUUUUUAUUUCAUUCAACUUGGUAUGAGAUUGAUGUUUAUUCUUUUUAAUUAUUACCAGUAAUAAGAAGUGGAAGAUCCUUCUUGAAUAUUAGUGUAAACAUCAGCAACUGUAUCAAUCGUUCGUUUUUGUACUGAGACAGUAGCGUGUAAUUUUCAUACCACCACGGGUUACAUUAGUUAUUAUGUAAAUUAGAUCACGAUCAAAUUAUGACGCUCAGAACAUUGUAGAGUUGAUUACUUGGUGAUCUAGGAGUUACGAAUAAAUAGAUAUAGUGUUGGUCCUUUCUAGUGUUUACAUUUUUAUAAAGUUCUACAAAAGUAAUCCUCAAAAAUGCGUGUGAUUGGGUGUUGUGGCCCUGUAUCAGUCAAGGAUUUGUUUAGGAUCAUUUACAAUUAUAUGCAUUGUGAGAUAAACAGGUGGUUUACGUGUUUGCAUCUAUAAAUAACCAUUGUGUGAGUUAGUUUGUUGCCGAAGCAGAUAUCAAAUCAAACCUUGAAUGGUUUUAAUCAAAUUUUUGUAACCAUGGGAAAAAAUUAUUGUGAGUAAAUGAGACAUUUGUAUAUAGGCUAUUACUAGUUAUAACAAUGUAGCAUCUCUUUGUAGAAGAGGCAAAUCAGGAUUGUUUGUGGCCAAUUGUUGUGAUAAAAGUAGAGUUUGAUGUUGUGUGAAAAAAAAGUUUUAAAAAGUACGACAUGCCAAUGGUGUUCGUAUUGACUUGAUCAGAUAGGUGUAAACUGCUGAUAUAAAUUUAAAGUAAUCAUUAACCAAAACACAUUGUCUAGCCACAAAGAAAGCAGGGGUUACCUUUUUUGUUUUUAUAUGGGAUGGGGAUUUUUUAACUUGUCCAACCCUUAGUCAAUUCCAUGAUUGCUGAGCAUGCAUAUUUAACACCUGUAAUGUAAAUGCAUUAAAAUUUACAUAUUAAUUAUGCAUUAAACAUAUUACCUAGCAUAUACAUAACAGUAAUGGUGAUGUGGUUUGUCAGUGGCAUUUAUUUUGCAUGCAGUGUUGCCAUUGGUGAAUACUUGUUACUGUAUUUGAAUAAAUAUUAUUGUUAUGUGCAAUUAUGAAUAGAUGUUUUUCAUUGGAUGUGCAAAUUUGCAUAUCAAUACAGUAUAAAUAUAUAUAUGUAAAUUUGCAUAUCAAUAAGGUAUACAUAUGCAAUUAAUUGCAUUAUUUGUACACAGGAUAAAAUUUCACAAUAAAAUGUUGGAGUUAUUUAUGCAUACCUGUUUCUACAUAACCAUAGUUAUUUACAGUACAGGUAUGUGUUUGCAUGCAAUAUGGUAAAUGUGAUUUUAUAUACAGUUUUGUCAAUGAUGGUUUGGGAAAUAUCAUUUGUGUGUUGAUAACAAUAGUGUAAUAAUUGGAACACUGAGUAAAAAAAACAGGCCAAACAGGCUUGAGUAUGAAUAAAAAAAAAAAAAUUUAGUUGAUUAAUUUCUAUGCAUAAUACAAAGAAAAAUCUGAUCAAAUGCUUAUUGCUAAAACACUGCAGGGCAUCAUGGUUAAUGUUUUUUUCUCUUUUACUAUCGUAGUUUGCGAUGGUUAGGUCACCCUGAUACACAUGUUAGCGAACAAGCAUAAUCAGGGAGGUGAUAUUGUUGCUUGUUAACUUCAUAAAUUUACUUAAUUGGGUCUUUGUUAGUAUACUUGUAGAGGAGGUGUUUUAUGAUAAUGGUAAUGUACUCUCUCAGUAAUGGUAUGAAUAAAAAUUUCCCUCCUGUUUUGGGUACAGGUAGUUAUUAACCACAUUUGCAAGGGUGUGCAGGCUACCUGAAAUUGAUUCCACUUGCAUAGGUGAAAGUAAUAUUGCCUGCCACCAUUGCAGGCGUUUACUGGCCACCGUUAUAGAUGUUUACUGACUCCCUGUACAAGUAUUUAUACUGGCUGUGCUGGUAGGAUUUCUGAUAUUUAAAUACAUAAUACAGUAAUAUUAAAGAUGCCCUUGUAUAUGAUUUGUUUUCAUAUUAAAAGAUGGACUGUUCAUAUUUAUUCUUUUGCGUAGGUUUUAUUACUUUUCUUUCCACUUUUGUUAGCACUCCUCAUGUAAUUAUAUAUGUAAAAAUGUUGAGCACAAAUUAAAAGGAAACAGUUGCAAA